CGUCCCGGAGAUUCGGUAGAUGAGUGGUUGAAUGAUGAUGAACAGACGCGUGCAUCAUCGCCCGAGAUAACACAUACAGCGCAGUACCAUGGAUUCUUCCACCGCGCUGUUCCAUAAUAGCGGUGACACCGUCGAGAUGUGCGGGUCGUGUGCAUCAUCGCUGGGCUCGGCUGUGGUUGGACCCAGAUGAUGCUUUGUCCGUGGAGCGUCCCACAACCCCCAGGGUAGAACGUCACCUCCCCAGGAAUUCCGGAGUAUCAAACGACAAAGAGUACAUGUAAUACCAAGAAGAAGGAGACUACACUAGAUAGAACCGACUGCUUGCAUCCACAUUCUCGGGCAAUCUCCGCAUUAUCCAUACGUCCCGGUCGCUCAUUGGAAAAAGGCGUUGGGAAUCCACACAUGUCAUCGAGGGCUUCAUCGAACAUCCCGCCUUCCCUGCGGAAAGUCUGGGAGGAUCAGGAGAGAUUCGGCCGCGCGUACAAACCUCCACCUACGAAGACCAAAGCCAUCGUCUGCCACGAUGCGCUCAAGAACAAUGGCUGGAGAAUGGACGAGCUCCUGCUGAGACCCCUCGAAGCCGGCGAAAUGCUAGUCGAGAUGGUCGCUUCGGGCGUCUGCCACACUGAUGCUUUCAUUGGGAAUCUCGACGCGGGCUCCUCGCCGAUCGCGUUCUAUCCGCGGGUUUUGGGCCAUGAAGAAGGCUCGGGAUAUGUUCGAGACGUCGGUACAGGGGUGGAAGUGGCGGCCGUGGGAGAUCCCGUGUUGCUCUCGUUUGAUUUCUGCGACGAAUGCGCGCUCUGCAAGACGCGGCAUUGGUCGAAUUGCACCAAUUCCCUACCGCUGAACUUCGGGCCGCAUCGGAUUUUCAAACUGGCCUCGACCGCUUCUGCGGAUGACAAAGGGGCAGCGCCGGAUGUGGGCGGUCACUUCUUUGGACAAUCGUCCUUUGCGCACUUCAGCAUCGUCAAGCAGGCCUCCGUCGUCAACGUCAAGGGUCUCGUCCAGGACAAGGAGGAACUCCAACUCUUCGCCCCUCUCGGCUGCGGCAUUCAGACCGGCAGCGGCACCGUCCUCAACGUCGCCAAGGCAGAGCCCACAGACGCAAUCUGCAUCAUGGGCCUGGGUGGCGUAGGCCUAUCCGCCAUCAUGGCAGCCAAGAACAGCAACUGCCGGAUCAUAAUCGGGAUCGACCGCGUCGAGCAACGCCUCGCCCUCGCGAAGGAUCUCGGCGCCACCCACGUCCUCAACAGCUCCGCCCUGCCCCCGGGAAGAAAGUCUCUUACCGAAGCCAUCAGGGCCCUUUCCGACGGCGUCGGCCCCACCAUCACCAUCGACACGACGGGCGCACCGUCGCUCAUCAUCGAGGGGAUGCAUUUCACGCGGAACUGCGGCAAGUACAUCCAGGUCGGCGCCGCGCCGCUGGACCUCACGCUCAGCAGCGUCAACGUCUUCGAGUUCAUGAACUCCGGGAAACAGUGGAUCGGGGCGAUCGAGGGCUCCGCAUAUCCCCGCGAGUUCAUCCCGGAGAUGAUCCGGUGGUACCGGGAUGGGAAUUUUCCCUUCGAUCGGCUGAUGAAGAAGAUCCCCGCGCACGAUUUCGAGCAGGCUUUGCAGGAGAUGCACGAUGGGACUUGUAUCAAGCCGAUCAUCACGUGGUCAUGAUGGGAGGAAUGUGAAAGAAAGCACAGCGGAAUUCAUGGAUGACCCUGCUUUCUUCGGAUGGCGAUGGAGAUAGAUGUGAUGACGAUGAUGAUGAGCUUCAGGAUGAACUUGACUCCCAUGUUCUCACUUACUGACCGGUGCCUGAUAUCGCGCCGGUAUGAACAAGCCCCUACAGGAGACCCGACGAACACGCAGGGCCUUCGCGUUUCGACACAACGGACGGAUAACAUUCACGGUCAAGCGGCGUGCACGUAAGUCAUUGUGAUCACCACAUUAUAUAUAUGAAGUAGAAAUAAAUGAGUCACAGUACUACCU